GGCGUGUGUGUUUGUGUGCUCUCAAGUGUCGUGCAUGCAUUUUAUGCGUUUCUUUCUCUCUAUCUAUCCUCUUUCUCUUGCAUGCUCUCUCUCUAUCCUUCUCUCUCUCUCUCUCUCUCUCUCUCUCUAUCUGACCCAUAAUUUUAAUUUUACAUCGAAAAAUUAAAAAAACACUAAAAAUCACCAAAACAAAAACCUCGUUGCCUCCUUCUUCCGCCGUUACAGUCCCUCUUUCUUCAAUUCGCCGUCAAAUUUCUCUCUUCUCCUUCUUCUUACCGCCGUGGUUCUCAACAUCCCCCCUGAUCUCUAAACGCGACUUGCUUUGACCACGUCGAUGCAUGUUCAUGACUAGUCUCUUCUCCAAUUCACGUCGAUUUCACCUCCGAUUCGUGCUCCUCCCUCUUCCGGCGUUGUUAGGGUUUUAAGGAUUUUCGAUUUGGGGGGGUGGGGAUUUGGAGAAUCUGGUGAGUCGUCGAAAAGCUUCUGAUUUCUCUCGGUCAUGUUUGAAGUCAAAAUGGGGUCAAAGAUGUGCAUGAACGCAUCUUGUGGCUCGACCUCCACUGUCGAAUGGAAGAAAGGCUGGCCUCUUCGAUCCGGUUCACUCGCUGAUCUCUGCUAUCGUUGCGGAUCUGCUUAUGAGAGUUCGCUUUUCUGCGAAACAUUCCAUAUGGACCAAUCUGGUUGGAGGGAAUGCUAUUUGUGCAGCAAGCGACUUCAUUGUGGUUGCAUUGCUUCAAAGCUCAUGGUCGAGCUUAUGGACUAUGGUGGUGUUGGUUGUACUUCCUGUGCUACCUGCCAUCAACUCAAUUUGAACAAGAGAGGUGAGAAUCCAGGUGUAUUUAGCAGGUUGCCGAUGAAAACGUUAGCAGAGAGGCAACAUAUAAACGGCGAAAGCGGAGUGAGUAUCGACGGAGGAGCUGAUCUCUUUUCUCAGUCUCAGCCAUUAGUCCCGGGAGGAGAUAAAAGAGAAGAGUUCAUGCCUCACCUUGGGUUCGGUACGCUUAUGAAACCGGAAAACAACACCACCGGUUAUAGGCUGGACGGUGCGGAAAUGCGCGAACCGUCGCCGUCGCAGCCAUCUUUGAACAUGGCUUUGGCUGUGCUUCCUUAUAGCCCGUCUUUCGCAACGACCCCUGUCGAUGGAAAGAAACUCAUGGGGACUUCUUCUCAGUCCCACAUUGUCCAAUGCUCUGCGUCUAGUAUACUGCAGAAACCUUCGAAGUCUGUUCUUGGAACUCCUACUCCUCCGGGGGCUAGUAAAUCUGCUCAGGCGAGGAUCGGGAGGCCACCUGUCGAAGGGCGAGGGAAAGGCCAUUUACUUCCUCGGUACUGGCCCAAGUAUACCGAUAAAGAGGUUCAACAGAUCUCUGGAAAUUUGAAUUUGAACAUUGUACCUCUUUUCGAGAAAACUCUCAGCGCCAGUGAUGCUGGUCGCAUUGGUCGUCUUGUUCUUCCGAAAGCCUGCGCAGAGGCGUAUUUUCCUCCCAUUAGCCAAUCAGAAGGCAUUCCUUUGAAAAUCCAAGACGUGAGAGGUAAGGAGUGGACGUUCCAGUUCAGAUUCUGGCCCAAUAACAACAGUAGAAUGUAUGUCUUGGAAGGUGUCACUCCUUGCAUACAGUCCAUGAUGCUACAGGCUGGUGAUACAGUAACUUUCAGCCGGGUUGAUCCUGGUGGCAAACUAAUCAUGGGUUCAAGGAAGUCUGCUAAUAACACUGGAGACAUGCAGGGCUCUGGUCUCACCAACGGUACUUCGAACGAGGACACAUCAUGGUCUGGUGUUGCAGAGACACCGUCCUCCAUGAAUGCCUCCUCGUGUCCCUCGCAAAACCCGGAAGAUUUGAGAGGUCUGCCUGAGCAUUUGAGCUCACCUCAUGGUGGUAAUAGCUCGAAGAAGAGUGAGAUUAACGGAGGCAGGAUUUGUGAUGACCCGCAACGGGUUAAAGACAAGAAGAGGACUCGUACCAUUGGGGAGAAAAACAAGAGACUGCUUUUGCAUAGUGAAGAAUCUGUGGCGCUGAGAGUCACGUGGGAAGAAGCUCAGGAUUUGCUUCGUCCCUCUCCUAGUGCAAAGGCUACCAUUGUCGUCGUCGAGGAGCAUGAAUUUGAAGAAUUUGACGAACCUCCUGUCUUUGGAAAGAGGACGAUAAUUACUACAAGACCUUCAGGUGAACAGGAUCGAUGGGCAUUUUGCGACGACUGCUCUAAAUGGAGAAGGUUACCUGUAGACGCUCUUAUUUCCUCAAAGUGGACAUGUUCAGACAACGUUUGGGACGAAAGCAGGUGUUCGUGUUCUGCACCGGAGGAGAGUUUGAAGGAACUUGAGAAUGUUCUUAAAGUUGGUAAAGAGUACAAGAAGAGAAGAAUUGGGGUAAAAUCUGAGCAAGAACCUUCGGGCUUAGAUGCACUAGCGAGCGCAGCGAGUGCAGCAGUGUUCGGAGACAAUUCAGGCGAGCCAGAGGUUGCGACCACGACCAGACAUCCAAGGCACAGAGUUGGAUGCUCUUGCAUUGUCUGCAUCCAGCCGCCGAGUGGGAAAGGUAGGCACAAGCCGACCUGUGGGUGCAACGUGUGCAGCACCGUGAAGAGAAGGUUCAAGACACUGAUGAGGAGGAGGAAGGAGAAGCAGCAGUUAGAGCGCGAUGGACAAGGAGCAGCAGCGGAUGAGGAGAACAAGGAAGCGAAACAGGCCGAGUCUGAUAAGGAUAAGGCAGAAGAGAAGGAAGUGAACACAGGGAGGAUUGAUCUCAACAGUGAUCCUUCUUACAACAAAGAAGACAAUGAAACUGUUGGGGUGGAGAAAGAGGAGAGUAAAAGAAGAGAAGUAGGGCAGUGUUCGAGCGCGGCUCAAGGCAGUGAUGUUAUAGGAGUAAAAGAGUUUGAUGGAGAGGCUGAGAAAAUUCGUGAAGAGACGAAAUGUUCAAGCUGAUAUUGAGAAGACAAAGAGUUGAAAUUUUAAAAUGUUCUCUCAGAACACCAAGAGAAGAAGAGAGAGAGAGAGAGCGAGAGAGAGAGAGAGAGGUACAGUUUUGUGUUUGAAUCUGUCAUAGUUUUAGGGGGAAAAAAAAACAAGCUUAUGCUUCAAAAGAACAACAAUGGCUUUUAGUGUUUAUGGUUGAUGGUUGAGUUUGGGGUGGGUGGGUUUAAGUUUGUCUCCAUUAAUCUGGGUUUUUGUAAAAGGCGAAAUGGAGCUUGG